GUGAGAGGAGCCUUUGCUUUGUCUCUGCAGAAGGAUGUGAUACGGUGCCUGUUUGUUUGCACUAGCUGAGACCCUCCUAAGAGCGAGAGGCAGGGCCAGUCGGAGGAUAUACCUGCAGGAGAACUUGGGAGCCGUGACUGCGCUUCCUCCUUGCCUCCUCCUCCUUUCCCGCUGCUGCUGCUGCUGGAGCCAGGGGGGGAAAGAAGCAAGAGAGAGAGAGAGAGAGAGAGAGACGAACUACGUCUCAGCCUGACAGCCCCAGGAUGUGUCAGUCAAGCGCCUUGCAGGGACCAGAGCUGCACUCAGGGAAAUGGUGAGAUGCUGCAAAGCUUUACCUAACCCUCCUCCCUCUUGCUGCAACCUCCACAAAGUUAAAAUCCAUGUCCGGAGGCUGCGCUCAGGAAACGGUGGCGGGAGCUGCUGCUGUGCCGGGGAGCGGCACCCACAGCUGGAAAGCCCGGCCCCAGCUGGGAGCACCCCAAAUAGGAAAGCCCGUUUCAGGUUGCAAUUUCCCCAGCUGGCCCUGAGGCGGAGGUUGGGCCAGCUGAGCUGUAUGUCUAGGCCCGCUCUGAAACUUCGUUCUUGGCCUCUGACUAUUCUCUAUUAUCUCCUGCCUUUCGGUGCUCUUAAACCUUUGACCAGAGUCAGAUGGAGGCCUGUGAGCCGGGUCUCCCUGUACAAGUCAGUGCCAACCCGCCUGCUCUCCCGUGCGUGGGGCCGGCUGAACAACGUGGAGCUGCCCACCUGGCUGCGGAAGCCCGUCCUGAGCCUCUACAUCUGGACCUUUGGGGUGAACAUGAAGGAGGCGGCCGUGGAAGACCUCCAUCACUACCGGAACCUGAGUGAAUUUUUCCGACGGAAGCUGAAACCCCAGGCGAGGCCCGUCUGCGACCGGCACAGCGUGAUCAGUCCUUCGGACGGAAAGAUCCUCAGUUUUGGGCAAGUGAAGAACUGUGAAGUGGAACAAGUCAAAGGCAUCACUUACUCCCUCCAGUCCUUCCUGGGUCCCCAUGCCAAUCACGACGACUGCCAAAACGACCCAACUUCCUGUUGCGAGUCCUUCCAAAAACAGCUGGUCACAAAAGACAGCAAUGAGCUGUUCCAUUGUGUGAUAUACCUGGCCCCCGGAGACUACCACUGCUUCCACUCCCCCACUGACUGGAAGGUCUCUCAUCGGCGUCACUUCCCAGGUGCCCUGAUGUCUGUGAACCCUGGCGUAGCACGUUGGAUCAAAGAACUGUUCUGCCACAACGAGCGGGUCGUCCUGUCGGGCUACUGGAAACACGGCUUCUUCUCCUUGACAGCAGUGGGAGCUCAGAACGUGGGAUCCAUCCGCAUUUACUGCGAUCAGAAGCUGCAGACCAACAGCCCUCGCUACAGCAAAGGCUCCUUCAACGACUUCAGCUUUGUGACCGGCAAGGACCACGAAGGGAUUCCCAUGAGGAAAGGAGAACAUUUAGGCGAAUUCAACUUGGGCUCAACAAUCGUUCUGAUCUUUGAGGCGCCCAAAGAUUUUAACUUCUACUUGAAGCCUGGCCAGAAAAUCCGCUUUGGGGAAGCUUUGGGGUCCCUCUGAGGCCUGGGAGGUCAGAGGGGAGGGUUUUUCUCUAUGGACAGGGACUCCGUUCACACAAGGAAGCCGUUCAGUAUGGUGGAGUAUUUGCUCAGCGGGACCUGAGUGAAGGGAACGAGUCCUUCGUCUCCACUUGGGGGUGCCGGGCCCGUCUCACCGUGAGGGUUGCGGGUUGACCGGGGACCGUGGCCCUUAAGAACGCGGAUCGGGUGGUUUUCCUUCCCUCCGGGCUCUGGAACGGCGGCAGGUUCUUACCCUGGCUCCACCUGCAGCAGCAGCAGCCGCCGCCUGCCUCUGCGCUGCUCCUCCAGCUCUGCACUGAGAUGCCCUAAGCUCUGCAGUCCAGAGGAAGAGGAAGGGCAGGAGGAGGCACCCGUCUUUAAAGGGACAGGACUCAACCAAUUUUUCAGUCCAAUCCCAGAGAAGGGAGAGGGCUAAUCAGAAAGAAAAUGCAGCUUGAAAUCCGAUUUUAAGAAACAUGCCCAAAACCUAAUUCUCUCCCUUUAAAGCAGAGGUUUGCGCUGUCUCCUCCGUGUUCAGCGUUGCACUUGCUUUGGACUGGAGGAGCCCAGCUGGCCUCUUCCUCUAGCUUACUCCAACUUCCAAAACUGUCUUGCUGUGCUGGGCCUUCACUUUUUCUGUGUUGCACAGGGGAGGGAGGGGAGGGGGGAUAUCAGAUUGCCUCUCUUGAACCUGGCUUGCCAAAACACACACCAGUCCAAGGGAUCAGAGUUUGCUUCUCUUCCCUCUGUGCGGGGAAGUGGACUCUGCCCGGCACCCCUU